GUAUCCAUAAAAAACGUCACUCUCUUUUUUUUCUCUCUCUCUCUCUCUCUCUCUCUCUCAAAAUGAACAAAACACAGUCUCUUAGGAUUCUACUCAACCAAGAAAGAAAAACAGAACAACAUAUAUAUAUGGAAAAACAGAAACUCCAACAAGAAGAAAAGGAAAAUAAAAUUUCAGAGUCAAAAAAUGUGUGGGAUUGUGGAAGUACACUCUAUGAUUCCUUUGAACUCAAUUCCCUCAAACACCAACUUCACUCAGCCAUAGGUAAUAAUAAUUCACACAUUAUAAACAGAACACUUUCCAUGUCUCAUUUACCGGAACGUCGAGUCACACUUCUUCAACAAUCUUCUUCUUCGUCUUCUUCUUCGGUUAUGUCAAGGAAGCCAUACAAGAUCUCUCGUUCUUUUCAGAAAUUUAUUCGUUCUAUUUUCAAGUCUAAUGUUACUAGCAGUAGCAAUAGUUUCAAAGUGUCGGAAAAAUGCUCUAAAGAGCGUUUGUUUGUGGUUUAUGAUAAAUCUGGAUCGGUUCUUUCUACUAUACCUGAAGUUCCUGAAUUUGAGAUUGGUUCUCUUUCGCCGGAUAUCUCUUCCUUGUUGGUUCGAAGGUCUGCUUCGGAGCGGUUCACAACCACCGCAAUUGGUAUUUCAUGCGGCUAAUUUGAGGUUUUACAUUUACGAAUAACUUAAUUCUUCUACCUUUAAUUAUAAGCGAAAGUUGGUAAAAAAAAUUGAAACAUUUAGUUGAACUAAAUACAUCAAUUUUUUUUUUAACAUAGGUUUAUAAUUAAAGUCGAAGGAAAUACUAAUUAAUUAGUGUUCUCAGCAUGAACUCGAUCAACACCGGUACGUAACGAGUGUGGCCGGAAGGUCUAACCUUCUAUGUCAACUCCGGUAUAUCGGCCUUUAAUUAUUGUGUUUGAUCCAUGCUGUUAUUAUUUAAUUAUUAAAGUUGAUUAAA